GAGACGAACAUGGGAUAGUGAGCGAGAUGGAGAUUCGACGUCAUCCAUUUUUGUAAAAGAAAGGAAAGGAAAGAUGCGGCUCCUGCGGCUUUCUGGAGUUUAAUGGAAGCCUUUUGCAGAUUUUGCGUCUUUUUUGAUUGGUGUUUUUUUUGGGACAGAGUGGGCACGCGGGGUUCAUUUGAACUACCCUCUACCCCGGAGUUUGGGGGGAAAAAACGUUAACAACUAGUGAGCAAAACAACAUUAAGAAGGGAACCAUUGUAAAAUGCAAUUUUUAAAAACUUUUUGCCCAUAACAGACACUUGGGAACGUACAGAUAGUGAAAGUUAAACAGGCUUCCUGAGUGGAGCAAGCAGAAGACUGGCUACAUAGAACUGGAAGGAGAAAGUUCUCCUGCUAAGACAUGUUUGGAAGACACACCAGAGGACAAACCUUCAAGUUCGAAGAGCUUCAUCUCACUGGGUGGAUGGGGAUGACACGAGUGACAGGUGGGCUGAACGUCUCGGGGAGGCCGCUGUGGAGUGUGGAUCACCAGAUUACCAUCUGUUUGCUUGCAGAUGACACAGGAGUUGGGGUUUUGGAGCUGCCGAUGAGCGCGUUUGAGGUGCUUCCUGCUGGUGAAGAGAGGGGGAACUAGUCUGUGGCAGCCAGGCGGAUAACAAAAUGAAAUUCCUGAUCUGUGUGCUGACUGUCUCCUGCGUGCUGAGAUCUACGCACGGAGGUGGAAAGUCUGAUGAACCAUGUGCAGGCCUGGACUGCAGCAGAGGGUGCAAGUGCUUCCCAGAGAAAGGCAGCAGGGGUCGUCCUGGGCCAAUGGGUGAGAUCGGACGGCCCGGACCAGAAGGGUCGCGCGGGGGCCUAGGGCCUACGGGGCCUAAAGGAGAGAGGGGCCAUAUUGGACUUAAAGGACCAUCUGGGGACAAAGGAGACAAAGGACCAAUGGGAGUGCCUGGAUUUCAGGGAACCGAUGGAGUGCCUGGUCACCCGGGUCAGCAGGGCAGCAGGGGCCCACCAGGGGAGGACGGCUGUAACGGAACCAUGGGGGACCCGGGCCUGCCCAACUACGACACGGGCGCUGCGGGGUAUCCUGGGUUUCAAGGGCCAACGGGGCCAAAAGGUGAGAAAGGAGACCCCGUCUACAUCACAGACAACACUGAGGGGCCACCAGGUGAACCAGGACCCAGGGGGCCAACUGGUCCCAGAGGUCCGACUGGCCCGCCGGGUUUCCAAGGUCCAAGAGGAAUUGACGGAUUCCCCGGAUUCGCCGGCCCUCCGGGGUCCCAAGGGCCAGAGGGCAGCCGCGGCGACAUUUAUCGAGGAGGGAAAGGAGACAAGGGCGACGUGGGCUUGCCCGGCGAGCCUGGCCAGCCGUUGAUCAAUGUCAUUGUGGAGUUUGUGGGUUUUCCCAAAGGAGACAAAGGACUGCAGGGUGAUCCCGGCCCAAAGGGAAUAAAAGGAUACUCUGGAAUAGCUGGACCACCUGGACCUUUUGGUUAUAGUGGUGAAUACGGGGAAAAGGGAAUUCUCGGAUACCCAGGACCAAGAGGUCCUGCGGGCUUUGUCGGACCGCCUGGCCCUUCUGGACAGAAAGGAUUACCGGGGCCACAAGGUUCUCCGGGAGAAACAGGAAUCGUAGGACCCAAGGGAUACCAAGGUGACACCGGAUUCCCAGGACCUCCAAGUUACGACAGUGAUUAUGGAUCUUUUGUUCAAGGACCCCCAGGUGACCCGGGUUUUUCCGGCCCUCCGGGAAUCACCGGUGAUCGGGGACCUACAGGAUUCAUCGGGCCUCCAGGACCGCCAGGCGCUUUCCGCAUUGGUCGUCAAGGAGCUCUGGGUUCUCCUGGUGGCACCGGGCAAAAAGGAGACAAGGGUAACCCAGGCUUACCAGUUUACGGCCCUGAGGGAUCCCAAGGUCCCCCCGGACCUGAUGGUCCUCCUGGUCCCCCUGGUCCUCCAGGUCCUGACGACGGCUCAGGCCGGCCCAGGGACCCCUGUGAUAACUAUCCUCCUGACAGCCCCACAGAUGCCCCCAUUAAAGGUCGCCCUGGAAACCAAGGGCCGCCUGGCCAGACGGGAUAUCCGGGGGACUCGGGAGUUAGAGGCUUUAGAGGUGACUUCGGUGACUGUGACUGUGGAGGAGGAGGAGGAGGAGGAGGAAGAGUAGGCCUGCUCGGGUCACCUGGACCUCAAGGACCCAGAGGCAACUUUGGUUCACAAGGGCGUAAAGGUGAGCCCGGUGACCCGGGUCCUCCUGGUUUCAGCGGCAGGCCAGGGGCAACUGGCCGCGAGGGUGAGAGAGGAGUUAUUGGGCGUAAAGGACAGAAGGGCGAAUCGUUCUUCCCCGGUUUCAGGGUGAAUGGAGACCGAGGGGCACCUGGACCCAGAGGACCUACAGGUGAAACAGGAAACCCCGGCAGAGACGGUCUGCUUGGCUUCCCUGGACCCCCAGGGCCCCCGGGUGAAGGUGGUGUUGGCACAAUUGGUGAGAAGGGUUUCCUAGGAUAUCCUGGAGCCAAAGGUCGAUACGGUCCCCCUGGCGAACCUGGAUUCGGCUACCCAGGCCUACCGGGCCGUCGAGGUGAAAAAGGAGAGCCUGGGAUCCCUGGGUUUCCUGGACGGCCAGGUUCACCAGGCCAAAAAGGUGGCAACAGCUGUGGAGGGGUUAUUGACGCCGGAGAGGGAACGGGCGACAGGCAACCUUGCGUCACAUAUGGUGAACCUGGAGACAAAGGUUAUCCUGGCAGGCCUGGACGACCAGGGUCCCAAGGUCAACCAGGCCUCCAGGGAUUCCCUGGAGGUCGAGGGAAUCCCGGCCCCAAGGGAGAGAAGGGAGAUCCUGGUUUUGGAGGCCAACCAGGACCACAAGGUUUCCCUGGACCCAGAGGAGACCCCGGAGAUCCAGGUAGUCCUGGAGUUGGCUACGAUGGGCCCAGGGGGAGAGACGGCCUUCGAGGACUUACUGGACCCAAAGGCCCACCUGGAGACGUCCUGGGAGUAAGACCUGGACCUCCAGGACCGGAUGGCACACUUGGUGCACCCGGAGACAAGGGCCCGCCAGGGAGUCCAGGAACACCCGGAUCACCCGGCUCAGAUGGACGGCCCGGUGUUUCCGGUCUGAAGGGAGAGCGUGGAGUGGAUGGCCGGCCGGGUAUUCCGGGUCUUCCCGGACUUCCAGGUGGCGCAUCUUAUCCCAUCCCAGGUCCACCCGGAUUUCCCGGCAGCAAAGGACUCAUCGGACCACUAGGCUGCCCAGGUAACCGCGGUCGAAAAGGCGAACGAGGAGAUCCGGGACCCCCGGGCCCCGCUGGAAUGAAAGGAACCCCGGGAUUCCCUGGUGUAAACGGAGGAACGGGUCCGAGGGGACCCCCUGGACCGCCAGGCCCGGGAACCAUUCCCGGAAGACCCGGAACGAUGGGAACAAAGGGUGAAAGAGGACUCCUGGGACUGCCGGGCUUCCCCGGGCGACCGGGUCGUCUCGGAAGUCCAGGAUUUUCCGGUGAGAAAGGGUUUCCCGGAGACCGUGGGAGAGAUGGGUUUCCCGGCAGUCCUGGACGGUUUGGACUGAAAGGUGACGGAGGAAACCGCGGCCCCCCUGGUCCUCCGGGCCCCUCUCCUUUUGUGCAGAAAGGCCCUCCAGGGGCCACCGGAGCCCCCGGCUUUCAGGGCUUUACUGGAUCUAGAGGUAGCAAGGGUCUCCCAGGCCUGGCUGGUCGUCCGGGUUCUCCGGGACGUCCCGGCUCCCCCGUGGACAGCAAAGGCCAGCCUGGACCGCCGGGUUACUCCGGGCGGACCGGCCCGCAGGGCUCCCCUGGAGCAAAGGGGGAAAGAGGAAUCAUGGGAUUCCCGGGCAUGACGGGACCGAGGGGUGACGACGGCUUGCCGGGAUUUCCUGGAAAUCCUGGAGAUUUCGGUCGCCCCGGAGCAAAAGGUCCACCUGGAGAGACGUUUGCCUAUCCCGGAGCACCGGGAGUGAAAGGCCAGCCUGGUGAUUUGGGUUUUACAGGCUCUCAGGGCAUCGACGGUUUCCGUGGCGACAGAGGCUCUCCGGGACGCCAAGGUUCCGUUGGACAGAAGGGGAUUCCCGGUGACACGGGGCGUCGCGGAACGAUGGGUCCACCUGGGUACCCGGGGUCGCAGGGUCAGCCCGGAGUUUCUGGGAGGCGAGGACCAGACGGGUUCCCGGGCCCGCCCGGAGGUCCGGGUGGCUUCGGUUUUAAAGGUUUGCCUGGAGCGCCGGGGCUGGACGGGCUCAAUGGCCUCGCCGGUCCAAAAGGCCCACCUGGAAUCCCAGGUACAGCGAUAGGGGCUAUCCCAGGCCGCCGCGGUCCGCCGGGACAGAAAGGAGAGAGAGGUCUUUCCUACCCUGGACAACUAGGCUACCCUGGACCAAAAGGACAGAGAGGAGAUUCGGGAACUUUUGGAGCUCCAGGGUUCCCUGGACAACCCGGACCUCCUGGUACGAGUGCUUCAGCAAACGUCCCGGGGCCUUUGGGAGACCCCGGACUUCCUGGAUUGGAUGGAGAAUAUGGUUUCCAGGGCCCUACCGGUCCUCCUGGGCCACCGGGUCCGGGCACAGCACAGGGAGACACAGGAGACCCGGGGCUCCCAGGGUUCCCUGGAGCCCCCGGCCAGAAGGGAGAACCAGGAUAUCGCGGAGACCCCGGAUUCUCCGGCUUCCCUGGCUUAAAAGGAGCUCAGGGUGACAUCGGACAAGGCGGUGCUCCGGGUGUGAAAGGACUGCCCGGCGAUCCCGGAUUCUUCGGAUUCAAAGGGCCUCAAGGAUCACGGGGGCGACCUGGGCGUAAGGGUUCUCCCGGAAUCCCAUUGCCGAACAUACCGAUACCUGGACCUCUUGGAGAGGUUGGUUACCCCGGCUACAACGGGCCACCCGGUGGUGCCGGAGAGCCCGGCCAGCCUGGUCUCAACGGACGUUCAGGUCCGAAGGGUCGUCCCGGCGCCGGGGGUGAGCUCGGCAGGACCGGAUUGCCCGGUGUUUCUGGGCCGGUUGGGGAUCGGGGCUUCCCUGGCUUCCCAGGGAUCACUGGAGAUCAGGGUUUUCCCGGAGCCAUCGGUCCUCCCGGUAUUCCCGGCGGCGUCGGCCGCAGCAUCGGCGUCGGCUACACUCUGGUGAAGCACAGCCAGACCACCGAUGUUCCCAUGUGUCCCCAAGGCAUGGCCCAACUGUGGGAAGGAUACAGCCUGCUGUACGUGGAGGGACAGGAGAAGGCACACAACCAAGACCUUGGUCAGCCGGGUUCGUGCCUCCCCAGGUUCAACACCGUCCCCUUCCUCUACUGCAACCCAUCCGAGACCUGCUACUACGCGAGCCGCAACGACAAAUCCUUCUGGCUCUCCACGACCGCGCCCAUCCCCAUGAUGCCCGUGGCCGAGGAGCAGAUCCGGCCUUACAUCAGCAGGUGUUCAGUGUGCGAGGCUCCGUCUCAGGCGGUGGCGGUCCACAGUCAGGACCUAACCAUCCCUACCUGCCCACCCGGCUGGAGGAGUCUUUGGAUCGGAUAUUCCUUCCUCAUGCACACAGCAGCCGGCGCUGAGGGCGGCGGUCAGUCCCUGAUGUCGCCCGGCUCUUGCCUGGAAGACUUCCGAUCUACCCCGUUCAUCGAGUGCAACGGCGCCAGGGGCACCUGCCACUACUUCGCCAACAAGUACAGCUUCUGGCUCACCACAGUCGAUCCCCGGCUGCAGUUCGGCGCGCCGACGCAGCAAGAGACCCUGAAGGGCGGUCAGGAACGCUUCAGGGUCAGCCGCUGCCAAGUCUGCAGCAAGAUCUUGUAGCUGUCGAACAGAGCAGAGAGGGGGGGAAAAAAACCCCGCCAGGACUAGCACUGGAUGGAGAACAAGAACAUGCUUCAUCCAUCUUGAAAGGAUGAAGCCGUCUUUUCCAUUUUGUCCCCUUUAGGAGCCGCAGGCUCACCGACGAAAGACGCUGGAGGGUGGGUGUGGUUAGAAAAGAGCCGCGGAGGCGAUUUCUCCCCUCUGGAUUUACACUGACAAUGGUGCUAUUGUUGAUGUUUGUGUUUAUCUGUUGUCUGAAUUCACGGUAAUUGGUUAGAAUCAUUCUCUGCUACCUCGAAGAGAGCCACCUCUCUAGCUAGCUGUGCACACACUCACAGAGGGACGAACCCGUCAGACAUCUCAGCUCAGACGUUGCUGUAAUUCAUAGGUGCGAUAGCGAAUAAUUUACUCUCUCCACUGAACUGUUGGGUUUGUGCCCCAUUCAUAGCUGCCAGGAAGACGUGACCCACAAAAGCAUGCUGGUGAGUUAGCAGGUCCUGCAAAUACACAGCUGAAAUGUUAGCUAGCGAGAUUUGUUUGAGGGUGCGGAUAUUUAAUAUUAGAAGAUUUCAGACUUAUUUUUGUAUUCAUUCAUGUUCAACCAAGUUGUUUUUUUUCACUUUGUAAAACUUGAAACUAUUAUUUUUUGUUUAAUUUGAUUUACAAUAUGACAAAAAAUUUCAAAAUUGGUCAUUUUCAAGGCUGGAUGCCCUAAAUAGAAGAUCAACAUUUAACAGUUAUCACCAUCGGAUCUUCAAAUUAGGUGUAAUUUCUGCUUAAGGUAAAUUUUAUAGAACUACAACGAAUGCACUGUGCAGUAGAGAACUCACUAAUGCACUGAAAACUCACAUGCUAACAUGCUAUUAUGCUGCCUUGCUAACAUGGUAAAGCAUGCUAGCUAAAUCCACGUGAACAAGACAAUAUCACGAUCUUUACAGAACAAAUAAAGAAUUGAGCGUUGAGAAUGCAUGGGAAGUCUUAAUGAUGUAGGAAUGUGUAUGGCAUUAUAAUUUUAUAAAAUGUGUAAAAUCCAGAUUGAAAUUUGAUGAAAAUUUCCCUUGACAUUAUAGGUUCUGAGUUCAUUUCUUCCCUUCUUGUACAGAGAAACAAUCAAUAGCAUAUCAGUUUCUUUUUGUAUGUACUUAAGUAUACUUAUGAAUUUUAAUAUAAAUAAUCAACAAACAAAAAAACUCAAAUGUUUUGUAUAAUUUAAUUAUGUUUUCUGAGGUCUUAAUAUUUCCAUCUGAACCAGCUGACCUACUUAUGAAAUAUGAGAUUUGGACUCCUGAUCAAACCAAAGUAUCUCUAAGUGAAUCCUGCUGGAAGGUUUUAUUUAUUAGUCAUUUUUUUGUACAAUUUGUAAUUACAAAGGCACAAAAUACAGAAUAUAUCAGUUAGACCACAUAACAUUUUUCAACAGAUCAAAAUCAUUUUUUGGUGUCAACUUGUGUUGAGCCACCGUCGUUAUUUAAUAAACGAGCUGAAGUAUUUAAGAUCGCCGUGUUCAAAAUGAUUUUGGUGAAAGGAAUAGUCUUAAAGAAACACCAUUAUUUGUGAGUUAUUUUCUUAAUUGAAACAAAAGCAAAUCAGCACUUUUUUUCCCCUCUGAGUGACACAAACAGAGAGUCCGCAACAGUUUUAGAUCAGAACAACCGACUGACGGUGCACUGAUGUGAAUUCAGACGGGUCACAAGCCCAGCAAAGUGGGUCAAUCUCAGCUUUUCAUUGUAUUGUGACCAAACUGUUACUUUUAUGAAGCGUCUUCGGUGUUGAGUAUUUUUGACAAACGCAACGAACGCAAUGCUGCUCUUUGUCUUCCAGCAGCAUUUCCAGAAACAGAAAGGUUUUAAGCUCUUAUUAGUGCUUUUGUUUUUUGUUUUCUUUUUUGAGCUCUUUCUCCAUAUUAAAAAAAAAAAGAAAAAUUGUCAAAUAUUUCGCUCACGUAACCACUAUGACCGCUGCAUCUAGAAUGUGUCUCGUCUGGUAGCUCUGACAUUUCACCUUUAUUCUGCGGUUUUCAUUAGCAUUUGCUGUUUUUGUAAUCUAGAUUGUAAUUAUUUUGUACCUGUGUCAUAGUACAACCCCCUGGUGUUAUUUACUGACGAUGGAGGUGAUGAGGAUAUGACGUUCUGUACAUUACAUUUUAGGGAAAAUUGC